CCACACACACACACAAAAAUAACAACCUCAAAACAAAAAAACAAACAAAAAACUAACAAACAUUGGUUCUCUGGAUAUAUCUUGUAAGACGGGAAAGGACUGCCCAGGGUGUUUGUUUAAGCACGCAUCCAACAUUUUGUUUAAUCUGCAGCCAUCAGACGUCUGACUGUACAGACUUUGCUGCGUCACGGUCUCUUGUUGCUGUCAACUUUACACACCGCCACUGUAAGUGACACGGUGUCGGCAAGGAUGUGUUGCGGGCACGGGUGGAUGAUCACAAGCCAUUUCUCUGUACGAAGCAGAUUUGUUUCUUAGCAGAUGACACGCGCCCUAUGCGGAGAGAUGGAGGGGUGCACCUACAUUUUGAUCGUCUGUCUUGUGUGUUCAGCGUCUUCAGUGGGUGUUAGUGAGGGUGCAGAAGAAACUGCAGGAAGACUGAAACGUGCUACCACCGACUAUUCCAUCGAUGUACUGGUACUGGCAGAUUAUGCACUAUACGAAAAAUGGUAUGGGUGGAGCAAUGCGUCAAACUCUCAAGAUGCCAUUAACGAAAUGAAUCGAUAUUUCAGCUUACUAUUUCAGGGAGUGAAUUCUCGAUACUAUGACAUAAACAGACCUGACUAUAGAAUAUCGGUCCGAAUUGUAGAUAUUAAAAUUGCUGACACACCGACAUCAAACAUCGCUUUGCUGACCAGUAAAUUCAGAAGUAUGGGUAGAAUUCAGGCGGAUUAUGUAAUGAUAGAACUGAAAAAGUUUGCCACCACAAACGAUGUCUAUUCCAACGACCAUGUCAUGCUGUUUACUGGAUAUGACUUGCUCAGUGAAGACAAUGGGAUGUUGUUUACCACAACAACAGGAAAGGCGUAUGUGAAUUCAAUGUGCAGCAAGGAUGGAUCAAGUGUGUCAGUAGUGGAGGAUUCUGGGGGAUUUAUGAGUGUUCAUACUGCUACCCAUGAACUUGGACACAGCCUAGGUGCUAUUCAUGAUGGGACCAACUCGUGUCAUGCAGAAGACCGCUACAUCAUGGCCGGUAAAACGAGCAACCAGACUGACGCCAACAAGUACAACCCCUGGUCCUUCUCCUCAUGCAGCAUACGCGAGAUGGAGUCUCAUAUUAACAAUACUCUUCAGUUGUCAGCUGGUCGUACCUGUCUACAAGAGAUGAAAACUCCAUCACCGAAUGUCAUUACUAUAGUUGAUCUGAAGCCAGGCCAACUGUAUGGCCCUGAUGAAACAUGUCAACACAUUUAUGGCAGCCAAUCUUUUUACUGUAGGGGGAGAGAAUUUGGAAAUGUCUCAGAUAUUUGUCUCUCUAUGAGCUGCAAUGAUCCAAACAACAACCGGUACUGCAUUAAAAUAUUCGCUUCAGAAGGAACAUCAUGUGGAGACCGCAAAUGGUGCAUAUCUGGUAGAUGUAUGUAUUCAGAUAUUGCCCCAUCUCAUGAUGAAACAUGUGUCCAUGGUGACCAGCCAUUCUACUCAUAUCAAAAGCAGACUUGUGAAGAGUUGGUCAACCGGUACGCUGCCUUCUGCUAUGAUGAGAACAUCCGUGUGCAGUGUUGUCAAACGUGCAAGAAGAUUCUCCGAAAUGUGCCAGGGUGUGAGUAUGGUGAUAAAGUGACAAACUGUGACCCUCGGUAUUGUCACAGCAUCUAUCCUAAUGGAAAGAUGGAGGACAGCAAGUGCUGUGGCACAUGUCAACAUGACACAUCUACAUGGUCAUGUAACGACACGACAUCAUCAACAGGGAUCGACUGUGCUAAGAUAGAACCCCACAUGUGUUACAACAGCACCAUCGCUUACUAUUGUUGUAAGACUUGUCAAAGCAAUAGAAACAUAAAUGCAACAGGUUGUGAGUAUGGUGACCACAUUUCAAAACCAGACUGUUACGAACUUACUAAUUACGGCACGACUUGCUAUGAUCCACAAAAUCAAGGACUGGAAAGGGCUUGUUGUCAGAUGUGUGCUAAGAAGCCUGUUUCUGGAAACGGCAGCAGCCACGUGGACAUUUCAUUCUCUCGUCUGUGGCUCUUACUGGCGUUGGUUAUGUUACAGUAGACCACAAUGCUUCUUGUUCACAUCAGGUCCCAAGCUUAUACAAAUUUUAAAAUCUACAUUAACAUCUUGACAUCUAAUAACAUCUUGAGACUUUAAAAUCAUGGCAACAAAUAUAAAUUGUUGAACAAAUCAUUAAAGAUUUUAAACUAGACACUAACCGUGUAUUCGAAACAGUUCUGGUGUGCGUAUUCCUAAAACUUUUGAAGCGGCAAGAAUGUGUUUGGGAAUUUGUUCCCAUUCUUAAAUCCCAUACUACCUCGCCCUGGUGUCAAAAAGAAAUCCUCAUCCGUUCGAAAAAUGCAGUUUCGAAUACACGGUAAAAUUUUAUAAGCAUGAGCCCAGGUUCAAUUAGAAAGGUAUACUCCAUUUUAAAUCUUAGCCGACUCGUAAACAUUGCCCAACUUACUUUCAUUUUUAGUAAUACAUUUGUCUCUCA